UCCUAGCUCGCUCGAUCGUUUCUUAUCGUGCCGAUACCGGAUCGUUGCGAAACGAUUUGUCGCACGUUUACCGGACACUCGCCGAUCAUUCGAUUCUAGUCAUCGAUACCAAAGCAGGGUAGCGAAAUGUCACGAAUAUCAGCGAUUUUGCGCGAUUCAUGGAGAAUGAGAUAUGCGUGUUAGAGAACGUUUGAGGUCGCUGACGGAUUGGAAUUGGCAUUAAAAAGAUAGCGCUAUCCCAGCGGCGCUUGUUUUUCCGUGGUCCGAGCGACGGGGGAAGACCAGAGAUAAAUAGCCCGUUCUGGAAUCGUGGCCUGGCAGAGUACCGAUUAUCUUCCGAAGAGGAAGAAAGCUGGCGAGAGACAAACGCUUAAUCAUGUGGAUUACCAAAACUCGAGCCAUCCUUCUGUUUCUCCUGGUGUUCCUGGCAUCUACCUGCUCAGGCGCUACCAAUUCCGCUCCGCUGAGGAAACAAUUGAAAAUCUUGGCCAUCUUCGGUCACCCCGGUAAGAGUCACUUCGACGUGUUCAAGCCGCUUGUCGAGGAAUUAGCGCGUCGAGGUCAUGGGGUGACGGUGAUCUCCCAUUUCCCGAGAACCGAGAAGGCGAUCGCGGCGGAACCGCUGCCCACGUACAAGGACAUUAGCCUGGUGGACGAAAAUCUCGGCGUGUUCGUUAACGUAGUCGAUCUGAACUUGAUCGACAACUCCUACACCCGAAUAUUCAAAAACAUGUACAUGCUGUACUUCAUGUCCAACAUAUCCUGUACAAUCGGCUUGCAGAACGCAGCCGUGAAGCAGCUGCUUGCCUCAGGGCAGAAGUUCGACGUGCUGCUCACAGAGAGCUUCAAUACCAAUUGUUUCAUGGGACUCGUGUACAGGAUCAACGCGCCUUUUAUACAAAUCUCGACUCACCAGCUGAUGCCAUGGGUGAUCGACGAACUGGGACUCUCUCAAGAGACUAGUUACGUACCGGCGUUGCUCACGCGUUUACCAAAGCCUAUGAACUUGUUCGAGAGAAUGAGCAACCUGGCAGCAACGUGGUUCAUGUCGGCGAUGUUCCACACCUUCUUCGAUUGGCGCGAUCGCUCUCUGAUAGAGAAAAAUUACGGUCCAGGUACUCCUGACCUUCAGUCGAUCAGUAAUAACGCGUCGCUCAUAUUCGUCAACACCCACUACACCAUUCACGGGUCCACGUCGUACCAGCAAAACGUAAUCGAGAUCGGUGGCCUCCACAUUCCGCCGAGUGUGAAACCCUUGCCAAAGAACAUCGCGAAAUUCCUCGACGAAGCCCACGAGGGUGUCCUGUACUUCAAUCUAGGCUCUAUGGUGAAAACGUCCUCUAUGCCGAAGGACAAGCUGGACGUGUUGCUCAAGGUGCUCGGUUCCAUUCCUAGAAAAGUGAUCUGGAAGUGGGAAGCGGAUGACAUGCCGGAUUUACCCAGCAACAUCUUCAUCCUUAAAUGGCUGCCUCAGUAUGACAUAUUGAAUCAUCCGAACGUUAGAUGCUAUUUCGGCCAUGGUGGUCUCCUUGGAUUAUCGGAGGGAGUCCAGAGCGGAGUGCCGAUGGUGCUCAUGCCUUUCUUCGGUGAUCAAUAUCAAAACUCGAUGGCGGCUCGGGCCAGAGGCGUCGCUGUAAUGCUGGAUUACGCGCAACUGUCGGAGGAGACCGUGAGGCACGCUUUGGACGAAGUAUUCAACAAUACGAGAUACUACGAGAACGCAAAAAGGUUGUCAAAGGCUUUCAGGGAUCGUCCCGCGAGUCCGUUGGACACAGCGGUGUGGUGGACGGAGUACGUGGGUCGAGGGAACGGGGUGCCAUACUUGAAGAGCGAUGCAGCGAACAUGUCCUGGUGCCAACGCAAUCUCAUCGACGUCGCCGUCGUUUUCCUACUGCUUCUUCUGCUGGUUCUCUACGUUACGUACAGAGUAUUCAGACGCGUUCUCGCGAUGAAGACGGCGGGUCAGAAGAAACGGGAAACGUCGAAAAAGACGAAUUGACGACGGUGUCGUUGACCGUCUUAAAACUUCGAAUAGCGUAAGGAACAUGUUUCGCGGAGUGCACGGAAUGAGUAUGGGGAACGAGUAUGGGGACAAAGUUCGCGACACGUACGCGAUUAUACCACACACCUAGGGUACUCUUCGAGCUAGCCUCGAAGCUUCCGGAUCUUUCUUCGCUGAGACAACGAGUCUGCCCGAGGCGAGAUUCGGCGUUUCGACAAUGGCCAAUCACGGGGUCUUUUUAUCGCAGCUGCGGGUCGAUAAAUUAAAUCAUCAGCGUCCGCAGGCGGCGCGUGUCUGUAAUUCUGAUUACAGCUCUCGAGAUGGAAGUCUGGCCAAUUUUCGCGGAUGCUCGUUCCCUCUGUGCCCGAAACAAGGACAGCGGAUGCGGAAACGGAGGCCGCGGUCAAAGACGGACAGUGUUACGAAAAAAGGCAACCUUGAGGUGUGCCCGGAGGAACGAGGAUGGCACGGGAGGAGGCGGAGGUGGACGGAAGCGAGAGAGGAAACCAGCUUUGCGGGCAUUACUCGGUAUUUCCCAGGUGGCCGAGUCACCGACUGCGUCAACUGGCUUCGACUCGCGACAACGGUAAAGGGAACAACGGGGAACAACGGCGAACAACGAGGCAGUAACUACGUUCACAGGUAGAGGCGGCGGUCCCGAGGAGCCAGCGGUGCCCUCGAGUGCAGCGAAUAUCGGUGGAAGAAGAGGAGCUCCGGUUGAAGAAGAAGCAGGAGGACGAGACAGUGACGGCAACGAGGAUGGAUCGCGUCUAACAUCGACGGAUUAAACGGGACGGGAUGUUCGCCUGUGUUCCCUCGCAUUCUCGGUUCUUCAUCCUCCACCGGUUUCUCAGCAGCCUCUUUCGACGUCGCGGAUUCUCGCAUGGCUGGCCAAGCAGCAUGAGAAACGUCGGCUCGGCUCAUGAAGAUACAAACGAGACGAUAAACCUGGUGACUCGUCGAGGUUCUCUUCCUCUUCGCGAGAUAAGCGUCCGGAUAAGUCGCUGGUGGCCGUGACGGUUCGCCAGCGCUACACACGCGUCCUAGAGAACCGAAUUUCUUUCGCGUUUUACAAAUUUCCUUUGUCGCGAUUUUUCUCGCGCGAUUGACUCUUCGGCAGAAAUAGAGGAGCGAAUUAAUCGCGGCAUUUCGAUAAUGUAUUUCCAUAAUGUAUCUCGAUAAUGUAUUUUCACGAUACGCAAGGAAACUGUUGGCGAGAUGAUCACGGAGUACCGUAAAGCGAGUAAUCGAUUUGAAAUGCGGUGAAAACUCGAAUUACGCCCCGGUGUUUGUAAAUUUAUUCGAAGUUUCCCCGAGUGAUCCUUCGGUUUGGAUGCAACGCGAAACGUUAAAGCGUCCAACUCGGAGCGCUGCUAAUGCAUCGGAGCAGACCUCGCGGUCUCCUCGGUCGCAACCGGAUUCCGUUCCAACGGGCAGAUUAUUUCGUACUUGCGUCGGAUUGCGUCAAAUAUUUACGCGACAAAGUUUGCGCUGGUGCGCGCCGCAAAAAUGCGCGGCGAGACGUUAUUCCGCGGAAAAGUGUGCGCGCGACGCGAUUCCUUGGCCGGUGACCGACGCGUUGCGACGGCCAUUCUCCGGAAUGGCCGGGGGAAGAAGCGGGAUGGAAGGAAAUACGCGUGUUUCCUCGGUCGUUGCGGUUCACGUUCGUCCGCUCGUUGCUCCUUUUUCCCCGCUUUGUCCGCCGUUCCGCAAGCUUUUGUACUCGCGGAGCGACUGGUCGCUGAGCUGAACGGCGGUCGAUGAACGUCGAGAAUCGAAACUUCGUUUCGCGCGAAGAAAUAAAAUUCGUUGCUUGUCUUGAGAAUCGGGUCCGAUCUUCCUUGUUUUCCAGCGAUCGAAAUUUUCCGCGUUAGGAGAGGGUGGAAAACUCGCGUUUUCCGUCAGCGGCCCCGGCGCUCGGUCCGACGAUAAUAUUUACCGAUGACGAGACCGGUCCGUUGCGUUGAAAGUUGGACGGGAUCGGCUUCAAAGGGGAACUUUCCUUGAAGCAGACCCUCUGGACGGACAGGAAGCUUUUUAAAAAGCGAUUCGAGACGCGAAAGGGCGGUAGAGCGGGGGGCGCGGAGUGGAGGGAAACGUAGUUCCGGCGAUACGGUACUUUUUCUCCGGCGUAAUGGAAUGUAAAGUUCCCGAUUAAAUUGCAUCUUUAAGCGAUCCUCACCGGUGAGAUGUUUUUUGUGAAAAUAUAGCCGAAGUAACCGAGAAAUAUCAUUAGCCCCGUGUCUUCGCCGAUUCUUCCUCGUAGCUCGCGAUGCUCGGGAAUCUAUUAAACGUUUUACACGGGGAAAAAGCGGGAUCGUUUCUCUAGCGGCACUUGUUGUCGGAAAAAAUAUUUUUUCCAGUUAUUCCAGCGUGGAAACACUCGUCUCAUUGUCGCGAUCGGGAUGGUUCCGCAGGAGCAGUUCAAUGGUAUCCCUCGCGGUUUAGAAUAAUCUUCCUGGAACGCAGCCGUUCCGUAUCCUCUGUAUCCCCAUUUUUCUAUUCGUCUCCCUUCCGUUUGUUUAUUUCUCCGUGUAUCUGCUUCGUUCUUCCCCACAUUUUUCUAUUAUUUAUUUUCGUCAGAUCCGUGGGAAGUUCAGGGUGCACAAGUUGCAGCAGUCGCGGCACGGAACGCGUUAAAACACUCUUGUCUCGAUGGAGGCAUUGAAACGCGAGCGUAACGCUCGUAUGAAUGAAAUUCGAAGAAAGGGUGGUGCGUUCCGAGUAAUGCGUUCAAGGGGAUGAAAAGAGGGCUUACCCUGAGUUUACGCCGUGUCAUUUCGCGCUCGCUUUAACUUCGUUGAUUGAAUCAUGAACGGGACCCGCCCCUUUCCUCGCAACGGGCCUCCCUCCGGGAGGGUUCUUCUCUCCCUGUCCCCUCUCGCGCUUUUACACAGGGUAGAUCACGAGAGCAGGUCAAAUGGAAUAGGAUUCGGUUGUCUGUUGCUCGUGAACGUAGAUAGGCCAGCGAAAUUCUGGUCCACUCACGCGCUCAAUUUUUUCUAUCGACUCGAUUGCUGUAGAAAAUGAAUUGUUUGAUAUGCUAGACGUUAAAGGGACAAUUGAUAGCCGUUUAUGGAAAAACACGCGACUCGACGUUUUCAAGCGUGUACUGGUUAAUCCGGGGAUACUUUCGGUAAGUAUCCCGUUUUAUUUAGGCAGAUGAAUAUUCGACGGGAUUCCGUGGAAUUUCAUGGAAAAUGUUAAAAAUUGUUUCUUCCUGCUUGGUAUUUCCGCACAAGCCGCCGGCUUCAACCGCGAGCGCACGAAAUCCUCCCACCCCUCUCUCGCUCUCUUUCUCUCCUUUUUUUUCCACCACCGCAAUAUUUUAAAGCAUCGACGUUCUCCGCUGAGGAAACGUCCGAAAUUCGUGGACGAGCGGAUAAAAUUCGCGGAAAAAGAGCUGCCGUGCGAUGAACAAGAGCGCGCGCCGUGUUGCGCGUUUUUCGACUUUCAGCGUUGCCAGGGUUGGUCGUUUUUAAAAAAUUUCCUGUAUUUUUCGCCAUUCGAAUGGGACUGCCUUUAAAAAGCCGCCGUUCGAAUGCGCUCGAUGCCCGCUCGCGUUCUCGUUUCCAGCUCUGAACCGGGCUACAUAUUUUACCGGCACGAGUCACACACAGUUCAAACGCAUUCUUUCAUCGUGAUUUUAGGUCAAGCGAUCCCCUGUUCGUGAAUGUGUGCAGUUGGCGGAAACGCGCAAGAUUCACCAAGAAUCCGGAUUUAAUUAAGCUAAUUAAAUUCCGGAUGCGCGUGCGUUCUCCCUUGCCGUGACUGUGCACGGGCGGGAGUAACGCGUAUCAACGAAAUUAACCGGAAGCAAAGGGCGUUUCCAGCCGCGAGACGAUGGAAUACGGUACAAAAGUCCGACAGAGCGAACGAUAUUUACUCAUAUUUUGUAAUACGAUUCCAUCCGACCGGCUGCUAGAGUAGAAUUCCAAUAUUUACUUGGCCCGUAAUCUAAUUUAAAUGUAAUUCCUUCGCGAUCCCUCCAGUUUAAACAUUUACUUCCUGUUUGCCCAACUGUUUGUCGAACCCCGGCAGCCUAGUCCAUUUUCAAUCCGGGCAGCAAACUUUUCAAUUAGGCCAACGUUUUUCUUUAAUUUUCCUGAUUGGCCGCGUCGCGUCGUUGCAGCUGAUGCUUCGCCGUUCUACCCUCUCGUCGGAUGAUCCCGCGACGUCUAUCACGUUGCCAUCCACGUCCAUUUUCCUAAUGACUCGUCGAGACGGGAGAUCGCGAACCUUCGCGAUACCAGCCUGCUGACUAUUCAAAUGUAAAUUCUCAUCCUUUCUCCGUAUAAGGAGGAGGCAACAGGUGCGCGAUACACCGAGGCACCGAAUCGGGUACCCCUCGCCGCCAUAUUCUCCUUUUUCCACCGGUCGAAUCCCCCCGUAAGCGGCCAUUAUUCGUCCAC